AUGCUCCAUCACACCUCUUUGGUGUUGGGGUUCAUUGCAACUUUGCUCAUCGGUCUCGUCGUCGCAAUACAACACCCAGACUUUCCCGCAGCAGCAGCAGCACCCCGUUCCCCAUCUCAAACUCCAUCACCCGCACAACAGCCCCUCGCCGUCGGCCUCCCUCGCUCCGUCAGGAGGAGGUCGUCUGCUUCCUCGGCUCCCAUCCUUCCACCCCCUCACUCUCCUAUCCUUGCCCCAUCACAACAAGAUGACUUUGAGGUCGACGUCCUCCCUUUCGCCCUCGUCUCCACCAUUGAUGGGGCCCUACAUGCCAUUGACCGCGAAACCGGCGAGGUCAAGUGGACGCUACGCGAUGGCGUUGAACCCCUCGUCGGUGGCGGCAUAUACGGGCGGCGAGACGAUGUCGAGUACAUUGUCGAGCCUGUGAGUGGCAACCUCUACGUCUUUGAAGGCGAGAACGAGGGGUCUAAAGGCAUGCCCAAGGUCCGCAAACUGCCCUACUCUGUUGAGCAGCUUAUCGAACUAGCGCCGUUCACCUUUCCCCACUCACCCAACCGCAUCUUCACAGGCAUCAAGGAAACAUCUCUCCUCUCGCUCGACCUGCGCACGGGCCAGCAGCUCGACUGUUUCAACGCCCGUGGCCCGUUCGACACGCCUCCGGUGCAGAGCGUCUGCGAUAAUGACAUUCUCGACGACCUCGAGGGCCGCCCGCGUGACACUUUGUUCAUCGGACGCACCGACUACAAGCUCAUGAUCCAUGCGCCACCGACGGCCGUUGACAAACCUUCGGUGACGGCGACCAUGUCUGCUGCCUGGAACCGUGGUGUGCAGGAGAUCACAUACUCGACUUACCAGCCCAAUUCGUAUGACCGUACGGUCGCCGACUUCUGGGCUCGCACUGGACGCCAGAGUUGGGCCGACGAGGGCCGCAUCCGCAUCGAACUAGGCUUUGAUGGGGACUGUAUUGGCGUCCAGAACGGUCAGGGCCAGCGGUGGUACACCGACCUCGGAUCCGUUGGGGUGGCUGUGUACGAUGUCGUCCUGUCCACAUCGAGCCACUCGUCCAACCCCGUGAUCGUUCCCCAGCCAAAGGUCGAGCUCGCCAGUUUACUGAUGGCACCCGAUGAGGGCGAUCCGAAGCGAGAACGCUACGAGGAACUACUGAGGAAGCCGCCCACCACCUAUAUUGGCAGUGUGCCAUUUGACUCGACACUGGACAAUCAUGUUUCCAAGGCGCCCAAGCUGGCAGCACCUAAGAGUCCCCGUCCCCUGCUCUUCGCUCAGUCCUCAAACUCAUAUCCCCUGAUCCACUUUGCGCACGCUCCGCGCCCUGGCACCCUUAUCAAUGGCUCGUUCCCACUGAUGGACGGCGACAGCAUUCAAGAUGUGCCAGAGGACGAGCACCACAUAACGCGAUACCUCAUCGACCCCCCUCGCGCAGCGUCGUCGACAAUCCCACCUCCGCCAUCAGAGGCGCUGUUGGGAGUGGCCAGCGGCUGGGUCUUCAAAUGGUGGUGGCUUGUCAUCUUGGAGGUUAUUGCCGUCUUCUGGUUAGGCAUCGGCAUCUACCGUUGGGCCUUCACCAAGGCGACGGCAUUAGCCAACUCGAGUGCCAAGACUGACGAGACUGCAUCUCUCCUCUCAGCCACCAGCAGUGAGAAAGGUUCGGUUACGACAGGUGUUCGUUUUGAAGGUUUGCCAGACACAGGCUCUGCUACGCCUGCCGAGGGCUCUACACCUCCGAAGAAGAAAGGCACUCGUCGUCGUGUGCGCGGCAAGAAGAAGCGCCGCAAUUCGGUCGGGCCCCAGCUCGACAGAGACGACGACGAUGGCGACGACGAUGACGAGGACAAGGGCGACGUCACUGCGGACGAGCGCCCUAACGGGUUGAGCUUCUCGAGCGGACCUAACGGCGGUAUCCUGUCAAACGGCUAUGGCAGCAAUGGCACUGCAUUCGUGAUGGUGGAGAAGCCUCUUCCAGCAAUUCCUCGUUCACUGUCAACCCCGGCGCUGCAGGACGAGCAGGAGCGCCUGGCCAUUUCUGACACGGUCAUCGGCUACGGCUCGCAUGGCACUGUCGUUCUCAAGGGUACAUGGGGAGGACGGCCUGUCGCUGUCAAGCGCCUGCUUUCCGACUUUGUCCGUCUCGCCAGCCAGGAGGUCAAGCUCCUGCAGGCCAGUGAUGACCACCCGAACGUGAUCAGAUACUACUGUCAGGAACGGCGAGACAAUUUCCUGUACAUUGCGCUGGACCUCUGCCAGGCGUCCCUGGCUGACUUGAUCGAGACGCCCAAUAGCUUCCUCGAGCUUGCUUCAGCCCUGGACCACAAGAAGGCGUUGCAGCAGAUCACCUCUGGUGUGAAGCACCUGCACAGCAUGAAGAUUAUCCACCGCGAUAUCAAACCACAAAAUGUCCUAGUAUCAAAGGCCAAGAAUGGUUCGUUGCGCAUGUUAGUGUCCGAUUUUGGACUUGCUCGUCGGUUGGAGCAGGGCCAGUCGUCGUUCGCGCCCACAGCCAACAACCUCGCUGGCUCACUCGGGUGGCGUGCACCAGAGUGCAUUCGUGGACAGGUCAAGCUCAACGAGGGUUUCGACCCUGUCCUAUCCUGUGGCUCGACAGGCAGUACCGCGUCAUCAACCGGUUCGCUCCCGGACCUACUGGUCAUGUCGGACGGCAGCGAGGUUGUCAAGGGAGUGCCGCGCGCGCGCCUGACCAAGGCCGUUGACCUCUUCGCCCUUGGCUGUCUCUACUUCUGGAUCCUGAUGAGUGGCGAGCACCCGUACGGCGAGACGUACAACCGCGAGGCCAACAUUGUCAAGGGCGAUGCCGUCAACAUGGAGCACUUGUCAAUCCUCGGGGAGGAAGGGGUUGAGGCGCAGCACCUGAUCGGGCAGCUUCUUUCGGCCGAGCCGAGCGAGCGGCCGGACACAUCUGAAUGCCUGAUCCACCCGUUCUUCUGGACAUCAGCCAAGCGCCUAGCAUUCCUGUGUGACGCGUCGGAUCGUUUCGAAAUCAUGGAGCCUGAGGAGACGACGCUCGCGCUGCUCGAGAAAAAUGCCGACCAGGUCGUCGGCAAGAACUGGUACUCGAAGAUGGACCGGGUGUUCACCUCGAGCCUUGGCAAGUACCGCAAGUACAGGGGUGAGAGUGUGCGCGACUUAUUGCGGGCGAUGCGCAACAAGAAGCACCACUACCAGGACAUGGACCCUAGCGCGCAGAAGCACAUGGGCGCGCUCCCGGCGGGCUUCCUGAACUAUUUCACGACAAAGUUCCCGAAGCUUUUCUUACACGUGCACGGCGUAGUGCGCGACAGCCGGUUACGGUCCGAGCCCAUGUUUGCGACCGAGUAUUUUAUCCAGGAGAAGGAGUAG